AUGGCUUUCAAUCCCUUGAUUGUUAUUCUUAAAGAUAACAAACUAGUUGAACCUAAUUAUAUUAACCGGAAAAGGAACUUGGAUAUUGUGAUGACUGCAGAGGAGUACACAUAUGUGCUCACAAAGCAUCAGUCUAUGCCUUCCGCCUAUAAUAUAAUGCAGAACCUCAAAGAAAUAUUUGGGCAUCAAAGUUGUGCUGCUAGGCAAACUACUAUAAAGGGACUCGGGAAUACUACUAUGGCAGAAGGGACCCCAGUAAGGGAUCAUGUUCUUAAGAUGAUUGGUCUUCUCAAUAAGAUAAAGAUCCUUGGAACUAAAAUCGAUGGGGAAGUGUUUACACUGCAAGCAGCCAGGGCACUGGAAAGCGCAAUGUCCAAUUUAUCUCGCCAAACAGAACAACAAAGGGGUUCCAGCAAACCCGCCAGCUAA